AUGGACGAGAACCGCGCUUCGUGGUUGACGGCACCCAUGGGCAUGUUCCUGGCCUGGUCAGCAUCGACGUUUCUGAUUAGGGCGUGGGCCAAACUUCGAACCAAAACAUGGGGGUUGGAUGACUACUGUCUGUCUCUAUCUCUUGCGACGAUUGUGGUGCAUGUAGCUUGCACGUAUCGUGCUAUACAUUUCGGAUAUGGAAAACCACUGGCCGCGAUAGAGCCAGAGCAUCGACCUAUACUAGAAAAGCUGCUCUACAUCACUGAGUUCCUCUAUGUGCUGGCACAAGGGCUCUGCCGAGCUUCAGCAUCGCUCUUCAUCAGUCACAUGGCCCAAUCCGGUCCGCAAACACGACCAGCCCGAGCAUUAGCUGGCGUUUCAGGAGUUUGGACAGCAGCUUCAGCCCUGGCAAUAGCUAUCCGUGGCAACAUUGGUCGCCCAUGGUCUACACUGGACGGAACUCAACCAUUGUUCACUCGGUGGUUGUCUAUAGAAAUCACUGGAGUGGUCAUCGAACUGUCGAUAUGGCUUUUAGCCGCCCAUCUAGUCUGGAGUCUCCAGAUGACGCUGCGGAAGCGUAUCUACAUCCUUGGUGCCUUUGGCGUAAAACUACUACUUAUCGUUUUCAUCGGGUUUCGUCUCAAAUACCUGGCCCCUGCCCGUAACUGGGAUCCGACACUCACCAGCAUCGUGCCCAGCAUCUUCACCCAGGCCGUGCUACACUUUUCCAUCAUUGCGUCCUGCGUCACGACGCUCAAGCCUUUCCUGCGCCACUUUGACCCGACCUACGUCCUCGAGAGCGCAGACGUGAGCUCCUCGAAGCGCUCGCGGACCAGCACCACCAACCCGUCGCGCGACCCAUACUACCGGCUCGGCACCAUGAAUCGACCGAACCGAUCUCGCGACGACCCCAACGACAAUAUCAACUGGCGCCCGUACCAGGGACCCACGCAAUCCGACCGCUACGCGAAGGCCUAUCAUGACUCGACCGCGACGCAGUCCAGCCAAUCCAGCAAAGAGGGCACGCUCUCGCGGCUGGCGCGGACGAUAAGCACCAGUUUGGGAAGCGGCACCCAAAGCAAACAGAGUAGCGCAACGCGAAGCAAUCAUAUUGGCGACACAGCUUCGAUGAGGACAGACGCAUCAGAUCGCAUAAUUAUUGAGCGGACGACAGAGGUGUCGGUCGAGCAUGAGGACUCUCCAGCAGAGCGUGCAAGUCAAAAAGGGGGAGUAUAG